AUGACCGAAUACGCCCUCGUAGCCGACGUUGGAGGCACCCGGACCCGUGUCGCGCUCGUGGACGCCACAGGCGGCAUUGUGGUCAGGCAUUCCACAGAAACACUGGCGCGCCAAGGCAGGGAUGCGGUGAUGAACAGGCUCGCCGACGCGCUUGAGCAUGUUGCAUCCGAGCGCCGAACCGAAAUCAAAGGUGUGGGCUUGUCCCUUGCCAGCCCCGUGGAGCCUGGCACCGGGGUAAUGUACAAUCCUCCGAAUCUUGGACCUGAGUGGCAUCUCUUCACUCCAAUACCGAUACUGCGGGAACGCCUGUCGCUGCCCGUCUAUGCAGAGAACGAUGCCACACUUGGCGCGCUUGGCGAGCAUGCAUUCGGAGCUGGCAGGGGAUGCGACAAUAUGGUCUAUAUGACUGUCAGCACGGGCAUCGGCGGUGGCAUCAUCAUCGACGGAAACCUCUACACGGGCACAAACGGCUUCGGUGCUGAGAUAGGGCAUAUGACCAUAGACCAGAAUGGUCCUCUGGACAACUGCGGCAAUGGGCCAGUAGCAGGGGAAAGAAGCGUCAUGAUCGAAUUCGCUGGCGGCGACAUCGCAGCCGUGGAUGCCCGCAUUGUCGUGCAAGCCGCCCACCAAGACGACGCGCUGGCGCAAUCUCUGAUGCAAGAGGUCGGCCGCAGCCUCGCAAGCGGCAUCAUCAGCCUGAUGCACAUAUUCGACCCUCAGCUCAUUGUUAUCGGUGGCGGCUUGGGUCAGAACCUCGACAUGUUCAUGCCCACCAUCGAACCGGAGGUCAAGCGCCGCGCAAUGGCGCACUUUCAGGGCGCAGUGCCCGUAGCAAAGUCGCAACUCGGCGACGACGUCAGCCUGCUCGGAGCCGCCGCCCUCGUAUUCAAAGAGGCUUAA